AUGGACAAUGCGUCCGACGUGACACCCGUAAAAAAUUUUUCGGCGUCCUUCUCCACGCUGGGAAGCUGGGCCAGUUCGCGCGUCAAAACUGUCGCUGCCACGCUCGAGAACGCCGCAGCGGCCGGACGACAGGCGGUCGAGAGCAAGUUGCAGGAACUGAUUGAGGAAAGCGACGAGGAGCAGGCCCUGCCCCCGACGGCGGACCCCCCAACGGUGGACCUACCCCCCGCGGUAGAACCUCCCCCGGCGGCCUCGCCCGCCGCACCGCUCACGACCCUCUCACCCGAGGAUGGUCCGCUGGCGCAAGCCAUCCUUAGCGGCGAAAUCCACGCACCCCCUGCACUCUCGCCCCCGGCCGUCUCGCCCCGUAUUCUCCCGGGAACGGACUCGGUCUACAGUGCUGCGAACUUCCCUGGAGGACCCGGCCUCGCGGGGGCGGCACAAAGUGAAGGAAGUCUCCUGGUGAAUGGGCAAAAGAUAGAGCGCGACAACGUCGUCGUGGACACAGAACAUGACCACCAUACCCACACGCACGCGGACCACACGCAGACGGACCGCACGCUCACAGACGGCCAUUGCACCCGACCGGCGUCUGGGGCCGACGGAGAAGGCAAAUCGUCUGCCACUGCCGAGUCGUUGCCGGCGGAGGGCACGUGCGGCUUCCAAAGCAAUGAGCUCCCGCGACCCGCAGAACUGCCAGCCGCAGUCUCCCAGCCGGAAGGCCUGCCGCGACCGGCUGCAGAGGCUCCGGCUCCGAGUCGUCAGUACCCCGGCCUGGAAUCGUCGGCUGAGGAGGACUCUGCCCGGAUAUCUCCGGACUUGGUGGGGGACCCGACUAGUCAGGCGACUGGGCAGGUGACGACGACGUCGGAGGGCAAGGCGGAGGCGCUGCCGGGCGACUUGGAGCAGUUGAUGGAGACGACUGCGCGUUUGUCGACGCAGGUGUUGGAACUGGAGGGGUGGGUGAAGACGCUGCAGCUAGAGCGCGACGAGCUGGUGGAGCAGGUUCAAGCGUUGGAGGAAAGUCGGCGUAUGGAGGGAGUGCGUGCACGGCAGGCAGGUGAACAGUGUGCCGCAAUGGCCGCCGAGCUUCAGGCCCGAACGCAAAGUUUCCAGACAGCUGAGCAAAGUUUCCAGACGGCUGAGCAGACGGCGCAGCGCGAGACAGAGCGACUGGCCACGGCGCUGCGGGCGGAACAGGAAAGCGGCAAUCGCGCACGUGAGGCACUGCAGACGCGGCUGGCGGAAUUGGAGACUGAAAGCGAAAGCGCCCGCGAGAAGGCGCAACAGCUCGGUGCGCUGGUGCUACAGAGGGAGGAGGAGGCCGCGACUCUCCGCGGACAGCUGGAGGCAGCCGCACGCCAACAUUCCAGCGACAGCCUCGUCGCCACGGACGAGCUGUUGCGUAGUAAGGCGCAGACCGAACACCUCAAGAACCAACUCGGCUCGCUGGUCGCUGAGCGUGACGAACUUAAGGCCCGUCUCUACGAGGUCCAGGCCCUCAAAAACUUGGUCAAGGACACGGUGGCCCCCAACGCCGGUGGGGGUCCCCACUCGAACGAGGAUGCGCACUCGGAUGGAGAGCAAUGGGCGGAGUUGAUUAAGACGCGGCUAAGUCAGCUGCAGUCUCAGUUGCGGGCAACAGAAGCGGCGAACAGCAACCUGAUGAAUCAGUAUAAUGAACUCGUGCGGCAAAACCAACAAUGGCAAACCCGCGUGUUAGAGCUGGAGAGCGAAACCAAGCCCCAAUUCAGCCAAGAGACGCGAAAACAAGUCGAUGUGGACACGGUCAUGGCCCUCGAGGAACGACUGGCUGGCAAGAGCCAAAGACUCGACCAACUCAUCGCUGAAAAUCACGCACUCAAAAUACAGCUCCAACAAAAGUCACCCUUCAGCCAUGUCGAAAACGAGUUCCACAAAAGCGCGGUGCUCGUCUUCGUCGCGAAACCUGUUCUGAAGCUUCUCAGCAGACUGCUCGGCAAAACUUGGCGGCAACGUGCAGAGGAAAAAUUCCGACGAUUCUAUGCCUCGCUUCUGUCCUCUGCUCUCGUGGUCAGACUAAAUUAUGUCGUCCAGAGAUUGCUUCAGUACCAAGACGGCACCUUGAUCAUCGGUCUGACCAUGAGCUCCUUGAUCAUGCUGCUGCUGGUACGCUAG